AUGACAAAACAUUCAGACCGCCUCAACUAUGAUAAUAAAAUAAUUUUGGCACCCAUGGUUCGGGUGGGGACUUUACCAAUGCGCUUGUUGUCUCUACAAUACGGAGCUGAUAUUGUUUAUUCGGAAGAACUCAUAGAUUGGAAAUUGUUGAAAUCAGUAAGACGAGUUAAUGAUGCACUUGGUACAAUUGAUUACAUAGACCGUUCUGAUGGUACAGUGGUAUUCCGAACAUGUGCUGCAGAAAAGGACAGAGUAGUUGUACAAAUAGGAACCUGCGACCCACAGAGAGCUCUAAAAGUUGGGAAAAUGAUAGAAAACGACAUAGCAGGUAUAGAUAUCAACAUGGGAUGCCCUAAAGAGUUCUCCCUAAAGGGCGGUAUGGGUGCCGCCCUUCUAACUCAACCAGAAAAGGCCAAAGCAAUCCUCUCAAUUUUAGUAAAAAAUGUAAAAGUUCCUGUAACAUGUAAAAUAAGGGUUUUUGAAAGCGUGGAAGACACAAUUAAGUUAGUCAAAGACUUGGCGUCCACUGGUAUAGCUGCAAUUGCAAUUCAUGGAAGGACAAAAUAUGAAAGGCCACAGCAUUGGAAUAGGAAUACUGCUAUAGCGGCAAUUGCACAAGAAGUCGACAUUCCUGUAAUUGCAAAUGGUGGUUCAAGGGAAAUAGACCGCUACACUGAUAUUUUGAAAUUCAAACAAAACUGUGGUGCAAGCAGUGUAAUGGUAGCAAGAACAGCUGAAGGCAACUGCUCCAUAUUUUGUCCACAAGGCUUAAAAAAUUUAGAAGAUGUUAUAACUGACUAUUUAAAAUUAGCUAUUGACUAUGACAAUUCGCCUAGCAACACAAAAUACUGUGUACAAAACAUGCUGAAAGAAUUACAGGAAACACCUCGUGGAAAACGGUUCUUGGAGUGUCAGACUUUGGAGCAAAUUUGUUCAAUAUGGAAUCUUGGAGAUUAUUGCCGCCAAAAACAGCUAGAAUUCCAAUCAAAAGGCAUGUUAGGCCGACGAGAUGUAACUCCAGAUAUGUUUAACAAUAUUUCAAACAAAAAAAUUAAAUUGGAUUUUGAUAAUUCAAAUAUUUACGAACUGAAAUGUGCAUUUAUAAGAGUCAAUUUUCCUAAGGAUCCAGAUUUACCAAAAAGCAAACUAAUAGUGUAUUGUGGGAAAAAUAAAUUAAAAGUUCCCACCUAUUCAAUCAUCAGAGAGGACAAAUUGUUUAGGGCUGUGGCAACAUUGGAUGGCAAGAAGUAUAGUUCUUCAUAUUGGGAAAAAAAUAAAAGAUUUGCUGAACAAGGAGCUGCCCUAGCUUGCUGUGUAGCUUUAGGUCUUAUUGAUAGGCAAAAUUUGAUCAAUAAUGGAAGUAUACUAGAGUAG